AUGGAAUCAAUGAAGAAGCAGUAUCUGAAAUCUGGGUCUGGGAGAAAGAAGGAAAAGGAAGAGAUGAAGAGGUGCUUCUUCGAAAACGGAAGCAUCUUCUUAAGAGAACUUAUCGCUGAUUGUAACGGUAAAUCCAUUCCUAUCCGCAGCUUUUCUUCUUCCCAGAUCCUUCAAGCCACCAAUAACUUCGAUUCCAGCUGCUCUGUCUCUGAAGACGCGUACUAUAAGUGGUAUAUAGGUAGAAUCGUAGAUAGGUCUUACAUGGUCAAGAGAUUCUCCGAGGAUAAAAUUUCAGGACACAGACUUGGAGAAGUUUACAAUGACAUUGUCUUGUCGGCUCGGAUGAGCAGUCACAGCAACUUUCUAAAACUGCUAGGAUGUUGUCUCGAGUUUCCUUUUCCGGUUCUUGUGUUUGAAUUCGCAGAUAAUGGGGUUUUGAAUCAGAGAGGAGGUGUUACGGUUAACGGGGAGGAAUCUUUGUUGCCAUGGGGUCUACGGUUGAAGAUUGGGAAAGAGAUUGCAAAUGCUGUGACUUAUCUUCAAAUGGCCUUCCCUAAGAUCAUCAUACAUAGAGAUGUUAAGCCAAUGCACGUUUUCUUGGACAAGAACUGGACUGCAAAGCUGUCUGAUUUAUCCUUCUCAAUAUCUCUCCCUGAAGGGAAAACAAGAAUAGAAGCUGAAAGAAUUUUGGGAACAUUUGGGUACCUUGAUCCAUUGUAUCAUGCCACGAGCUUUGUGACGGAAUACACUGAUGUGUACAGCUUCGGGAUCUGUUUGUUGGUUUUUGUCACUGGCAGACCGGCUGUGUUCACCGGAUCUGAUGGAGAUCCCUUAGGUCUUCUUACCUAUGUGAGAGGGUUAUGUGAGAAUGGGAACCUGGAUGAUGUAGUAGAUCCAAAGAUGGCGAAAGACAUCACAAGUGGUCAAAAAUUGCAGGUGGACGCGUGUGUGGUGCUGGCUUUGAGAUGCUGCGAGGAGAGAGAUGAAGACAGACCAAAGAUGAUCUAA